UUCCCCCGCCCCCUCCGUCUCGCUCCCUUGUUCUCGCCGGGGCCGCUCAGACCUGCAGCGGAGCCGCGGCGCCGGCUUGGAUCAGCUUGGGGCUGAGCCCCCGUGAGCCAGCGACGGAGGCGGGCGGGGCGCUGCUCGCGGUCCCGGGCCCCACGGUAGCGCCAGGUGUGGAUCCAUGGGGUAGCCUCAACGCAUCUUCCCCAGCCAGCUCAUGGGCCACCUGGCCCUGCCCAGCCUCAGCACCUGGGGCCAGUGAACAAGAGCCCUGGCUGGAUUACAAACAUGUGGGGCCUUGUGAGGCUCCUGUUGGCCUGGCUGGGUGGCUGGGGCUGCAUGGGGCGCCUGGCAGCUCCAGUCCCAGCCUGGGCAGGGUCCCGGGGACACUCGGGUCCUACACUGCUGCGGACCCGAAGGAGCUGGGUCUGGAACCAGUUCUUUGUCAUUGAGGAAUAUUCUGGUCCAGAGCCUGUCCUUAUUGGCAAGCUGCACUCAGAUGUUGACCGGGGUGAGGGCCGCACCAAGUACCUGCUGACUGGGGAGGGGGCAGGCACUGUGUUUGUGAUUGAUGAGGCCACAGGCAAUAUCCAUGUGACCAAGAGCCUGGACCGGGAAGAGAAGGCACAAUAUGUGCUGCUGGCCCAAGCUGUGGACCGUGCCUCUAACCGGCCCCUGGAACCCCCAUCAGAGUUCAUCAUCAAAGUGCAAGACAUCAAUGACAAUCCACCUGUGUUUCCCCUUGGGCCCUACCAUGCCACAGUGCCUGAGAUGUCUAAUGUUGGGACGUCUGUAAUCCAAGUGACUGCUCACGAUGCUGACGAUCCCAGCUAUGGAAACAGUGCCAAGCUUGUAUACACGGUGCUGGAUGGACUGCCUUUCUUCUCUGUGGACCCCCAGACUGGAGUGGUUCGUACAGCCAUCCCCAACAUGGACCGGGAGACCCAAGAGGAGUUCUUGGUGGUGAUUCAAGCCAAGGAUAUGGGUGGCCACAUGGGGGGGCUGUCAGGCAGCACUACAGUAACAGUUACCCUCAGUGAUGUCAACGACAACCCCCCCAAGUUCCCUCAGAGUCUAUACCAGUUCUCAGUGGUGGAGACAGCUGGACCUGGAACCCUGGUAGGCCGGCUUAAGGCCCAGGACCCAGACCUAGGGGAUAAUGCCCUAAUGGCAUACAGCAUCCUGGAUGGGGAAGGAUCAGAAGCCUUCAGCAUCAGCACAGACUCCCAGGGUCAGGACGGGCUCCUUACUGUCCGAAAGCCCCUGGACUUCGAGACUCGUCGCUCUUAUACCUUCCGGGUAGAAGCCACCAACACACUCAUCGACCCAGCCUACCUGCGGCGAGGUCCCUUCAAGGAUGUGGCCUCAGUCCGAGUGGCUGUGCAGGAUGCUCCAGAGCCGCCCGCAUUCACCCAGGCCACCUACCACCUAGUAGUACCUGAAAACAAGGUCCCUGGAACCCUGGUGGGCCAGAUCUCAGCCAGUGACCUGGACUCCCCAGCCAGCCCCAUCAGAUACUCCAUCCUCCCCCACUCGGAUCCAGAGCGUUGCUUCUCCAUUGAGCCCGAAGAUGGCACUAUCCGUACAGCCGUGCGCCUGGACCGCGAGGCUCGUGUCUGGCAUAACCUCACCGUUCUGGCCACAGAGUUGGAUAGCUCUGCACAAUCCUCCCGUGUGCAAGUGGCCAUCGAGACCCUGGAUGAAAAUGACAACGCUCCCCAGCUGGCUGAGCCCUAUGACAUCUUUGUAUGUGAUUCUGCAGCCCCUGGCCAGCUUCCAUCUUCUUCCCAGUUGAUUCAGGUCAUUCGGGCUCUAGACAGAGAUGAAGCUGGCAACAGUAGCCAAGUCUCCCUUCAAGGUCCCGUGGGCCCUGAUGCCAACUUUACAGUCCGGGACAACCGAGAUGGCUCUGCCAGCCUGCUGCUGCCUUCCCGCCCUGCUCCACCUCGCCAGGCCCCCUACCUGGUUCCUAUAGAACUCUGGGAUUGGGGGCAGCCAGCCCUGAGCAGCACGGCCACGGUGACUGUGAGUGUGUGUCGCUGCCGGCCUGACGGCUCCAUGGCAUCCUGCUGGCCUGAGGCCCAGCUCUCGCCCACCGGUCUCAGCACUGGGGCCCUGCUUGCCAUCAUCACCUGUAUGGGCACCCUUCUUGCCCUGGUGGUGCUCUUCGUGGCCCUGAGGCGGCAGAAGCAGGAAGCCUUGAUGGUACUGGAGGAGGAGGAUGUCCGCGAGAACAUCAUCACCUAUGAUGACGAGGGUGGCGGAGAGGAGGACACGGAGGCCUUCGACAUCACAGCCUUGCAGAACCCGGACGGAGCCGCUCCUCCAGCUGCAGGCCCGCCGGUGCGCCGCGACGUGCUGCCAAGGACCCGAGCGCCACGCCAGCCCAGGCCACCGGGCCCUGCCGAUGUGGCGCAGUUGCUGGCGCUGCGGCUACGCGAGGCGGACGAGGACCCCAGCGUACCCCCGUACGACUCGGUGCAGGUGUACGGCUAUGAGGGCCGGGGCUCCUCCUGCGGCUCGCUCAGCUCCCUGGGCUCGGGCAGCGAGGCUGGCGGUGUCCCCGGCCCCGCCGAGCCACUGGACGACUGGGGCCCACUCUUUCGCACUCUGGCAGAGCUGUAUGGGGCCAAGGAGCCCCCGGCCCCCUGAGGCCGGCCCUGGCCCUGCCGCUGCGCUGCGGUGGGGUAGCACACACAGGCCCUCUGAGUGAGCCCCACAGGGUCCAGGCAGGCGGCGGCAGCCCAGGGGCCCAAUGUGUCCCUCCUUUCCCCCCUUCCUUUUACCUCCCACUCCUCAGUCUGUGUGUUUCCCCAGAGAUCCCUGUCUGUGACUCUCCACUGUCGGGGGGUGGGGGAGUGGGUUUUAUAACUGCCCCCGACCUCUGUUUUCACUGUGACUCUGUGGCUGUUUUUGUCUCGUAAUUCUAAUCGCCCAGAUUCUGUCUCCCUUGCCCACACACACGCUCUGUCCGUCUACUGCCCACAUGUCCCUCCCUUCUCUUUGAGUCCCUGUGACUGGCUUUUUGGUUUGUCUGUUGUAUUUUUGUUUUGUUUCUGUUAUCCAUCCCAAAAGCAAGAGAAUCUUCCAGGCACUGCUGCCCCACCCUACUGCAGGAGAUGCUCUGCUCCAGACCUGCCCGCAUGGUUCCAUCCAUCACUCAUGGCCUCAUCCUGGCUCCAUUGGCUUCUAGCAGAAGGAAGGAGGGAGCCAGCCCACCUCCUAGGGCAAGAGCUUCAGCCCCACGUGGCCGUCUCCCUGGAGCUCUGCCCAGCUGUCAGCCUGCCCUGGGCAUCCCAGCUCUGGGCAUUGUCUCGUGUGCUUCUCAGGCCCCAGAAGGGGAGGGGGUUGGGGAGGGGGGAGAAAGGGGAGGCAGCUGGGGAAGAGGGAAAAGGGAGGAAGGGGAGGGGCCUCCAUCUCUAAUUUCAUAAUAAACACUUUAUUUUGUAAAGUAGGA